UUGUCAUGUGCAUUGAUCUUCACUCUGAUGAGGGCUCAGACGUGAUAACACUCCCGGUUCCCUGUCCCCGUACAAGCUGGCGUGAGUGCUUCUAGCAGUCUUCCCUCCAUUCGCCACAGCUAUUGGAUUUCCCACCCAGAAUCUUUAGGUAGAUGAGAUCAUGAUUCUGGAAGGAAGUGGUGUAAUGAAUCUCAACCCCAGCAACAAUCUUCUCCACCAGCAGCCGGCCUGGACAGACAGCUACUCCACGUGCAAUGUUUCCAGUGGGUUUUUCGGAGGCCAGUGGCAUGAAAUCCAUCCUCAGUACUGGACCAAGUACCAGGUGUGGGAGUGGCUCCAGCAUCUCCUGGACACCAACCAGCUGGAUGCCAGCUGCAUCCCUUUCCAAGAGUUUGAUGUCAACGGCGAGCAUCUCUGCAGCAUGAGUCUGCAGGAGUUCACCCAGGCGGCAGGGACGGCCGGGCAGCUUCUUUACAGCAACCUGCAGCAUCUCAAGUGGAAUGGCCAGUGCAGCAGUGACCUGUUCCAGUCCACGCACAAUGUCAUUGUCAAAACUGAACAAACCGACCCUUCCAUCAUGAACACCUGGAAAGAAGAAAACUAUUUAUACGACACCAACUAUGGUAGCACAGUAGAUUUGCUGGACAGCAAAACUUUCUGCCGGGCCCAGAUCUCCAUGACAACCACUGGUCACCUUCCCAUUGCAGAGUCACCUGAUAUGAAAAAGGAGCAAGACCACCCGACCAAGCCCCACACCAAAAAGCACAAUCCGAGAGGGACUCACUUAUGGGAAUUCAUCCGCGACAUCCUGCUAAACCCAGACAAGAAUCCAGGGUUAAUCAAGUGGGAAGACCGGUCUGAGGGCAUCUUCAGGUUCUUGAAAUCAGAGGCUGUGGCCCAGCUAUGGGGGAAAAAGAAAAACAACAGCAGCAUGACCUACGAAAAACUCAGCCGAGCCAUGAGAUAUUACUACAAAAGAGAAAUUCUGGAACGUGUGGAUGGACGAAGACUGGUAUAUAAAUUUGGCAAGAAUGCACGUGGAUGGAGGGAAAAUGAAAACUGAAGCUGCUGACACCCUUGAACAUAAAGCUAAACAACCCCCCAAAUGAUAACCAACCAUGAAGUUCCCGGACGUAAAUAUUUCAAAGACUACUUGUUUUCUGAUAUUUAUGUACCACGAGGGGGAAAAAAAUACAUCUACUUCUAACAGGAAGAAGGAACAUGACAGUUGAUAAAAUUAUUUUGUUACUUUUGAAGUAUGUCCUAUAUGGGGAACAAAUGUACACAGUUUUCUGUGAAAUAUGACGCUGUGCCUGGUUGUGAUUUUUGACUCUAUUGUGAACUUCUUUUCUGCUGCAAGAAGGACAGAGUCUUGUGCUUCUUGUUAAGAGAAAGAAAAAUAAUCAGAGGGCAUUAAAUGUUUUUAUAUACAAAAUGAUUUAGGAAAAGGUGACGUGUUCUCCACACGUAAGCAUUCACGUUGCCUCCUCAAGUGAGGUGGAUGUGGUCGCCAGGAUGAACUUCAGGGUCUCAGAUUGAUGGGAUGAACCAGAAGGAUGCUUGGGAUGUUUACCUUGACCUUCAGGAGUGAGUGAGUGGAGACUGAGGACUUCCACAGUCCAGGGUGGGCUGUAAUCACUGCAUAAUCACAUAACUUUCCUGUUUAAAUCAGAGAAGAAUAAUGGUGCAGGGGGCUUUAUACUCGUUCAGGAAUGAUUUACCUGGGAUGAAGUCUAUCUUCCCUCCUCCUUCUCGACUCAUUGGUGAAAAACUUCAAUUGCCACCUCUGCUUACUUUUGGUUAUUCAAGAGAAGGUCUAGCCUUGGUUAUUUUUAUAUUAAUUGCUUAAAAAAUAAGUGGGAAAAGGAGAUGAUGAGUUUUCUCUUGUAUUCCCAUUGUCUGUGGUUUCAAAAUUGGCACAAUUGACAUUUUUGGCUGAAUUUGUCUUCGUUGUGUAUUAUUUUGGCUGUAGUCUGUGUUUUGAGAUGUUUAGCAUAUCUAUGACCUCUACCUUCUAUAUGCCAAUAGCACUGUGGUCGUCAAAGUUGCGACAACCAAAAAUGUCUCUAGACAUUGCCAAAUGUCCCCCAGGUUGGUUAGGUGGGAGGAUUGCCCUUAACUGAGAACCACUGGUUUAGCCAGUCAAGAUGAAGAUGGUGAUUUACUCUCAGAACAACAACAACAAAAAUCCCUGGAGUGAAGACUUUAAAGUCAACUUAUUUUUCAUUUUUAAAAUGUUGUGACAGUGAGUUUAAAUCGCUAGAGGGACUUCUUUUCAGAACCCCAGAUGAGAGCUAGAAUCAGAUAACUUAAACAAGGGCUAACAAUACAACACAUUUUCAGUAGAAUGACAAAACAGAGAAAAAAUGAUAUUGUGGAAGGAAACACAGAGGAGAGAGAGGGAGACCGACAGAGAGAGGUUAGUGCCAGGGAGACACAUUUGCAGAUAUUGCUUCUUAUAAUCUUUCCUCUUUGGGAUAACCUUCCUGUCGCAUUUUAACUCAUUCCAAAGUGAAUGCUGUCUUGCCUAGAUUUGGAUCUAGAGGAAUGUUAAAACAAACAAACAAAAAAAGACUUCCUUAGGAAUAAAGGAAGAAGAAAGAAAGGAUGGAAGAGAAAAACAGAAAGGAAGGAUGGAAAGGAAGGAAGAUGGAAGAGAAAAACAGAAAACUCAGUUCAGGAGCUGUGGCCAGGAAGGAGUUAGAGACUUUCCCCAGUAUCUGUACUUUGACAAUGCUGAGUAGCACCUCUAGAGGAGACCAAGUCAUGCAGAAAGAAAAACAACUCAGUUGUACCUUCAGAAGGUCAUUCAUCUCACUAAGCUGUGCUCCAAGGUCACUGGCCAUCAUGGCUCUCAUUAGAAGGACGAUGAGCAGCACAAAUCUGAGACAUUCCCACAAGAAAGACAAACCUUGUUCUCCAAGCAAGGCUAUAGAACUGAGGCUUUCCCAGCAGUUGACCAUACUUUCCACAGAAGAGAUUAAACUUCCAGAUAUUUGAAUUAAUGUAAACAUGUGAAUGUUUGCAUGUCUGUGUAUAGUUAUUAAGAGACAUCUGCUAAUUUGCUCUCUGCUGUCCUCUGGCUUGGCCUGUUCAUCAUCUAAGCUGCCUGGAUCAUUCUCUGAGCUCUCCCUUCCUCAAAACUGUAAGUUUCUCCUGUUCCUCCAAAUUGGUCUUGGCUCUUUCUUCACCCUCUCUGUUGAAGAGCAACCCCUGCUAGGUAGUGAGUCUGGGGUGUAUUGACUGGAACACUGCAGAUAAUUAGCAGAUUGUGUUAUCUGUUGAAAGUGACGGUUUCUUGGCACCUGGUUCCUACUUAAAUAGGUUGGCGUAUUAAGUUCUCAGCAUAUAUCUCUAUUGUCUUGGCUUGAGUUUGAUGCAUUUUCUAUGUGCUAUUCGUGACUUGGAGAACUCAAGGUAAUUGAGCCAUGCCAACUUGGGGUGUGCACAGAAUCUUUCCCACCCCAGUGUUGCAAGGGAGAGCAAAAUCUCAGCAACAAGCCAGCAACAGGUGAAGCCCCCUUCUUUUGGCAACUCACAGCUUCUCACUUGAGAAGCUCUCAUCUGAGCCAACACUCCUAUGAUCACUACACAUGGCCUCCUUAAACCCCUCUUACACUAAAGGCUUGGGCUCUUAUUUUAUUUUUGCAUGGGAACCUGAGGAAGGAAAUGUAUUGCUAAGACUUUACUAGAUUCAGAUCAUCUGGGGCCUCUAGAUAAUUGACUUGAUGAAACAAGCAAAGCCCUGACCCUCAACAACGUGCCUACAACUUCUGGAAGUUGCUUUCUGAGCAGCACAGACCAGGGCAGUGAGUUUUUCUUUGAAAUUUGCUUGUUCUUUUUCUUUUUUUUUUUUAAA